AUGACUCAGAGAAAUCCUUUUGGUUUAAGCGAUGAGCAAAUCAAAGAUGCAAAAGAAAAGUAUAUCCAUCAUCUAAAAGAAAAUGAUCCGCUAAUAAAGAACGAAAAAAGUGGUAUAAAAAAAUCGAAUAUGGCAGAUAAAAAAGUCGAAGAAGAUUUUAAAAACGAAUCUGAUGAUCUUAGAAAGUUUUUAGAAGAUAACAAAUACAUUACAAAGUCAGGACCACCAAAAUUAGAAAUUUCAAAUAGCCGUAUUGCUGAAAUGCGGGAAAUUGCUAAAUCAUUAAAAGACAAAACGACGUCAAUCAAUCUAAUUGUAGCAAAGAUUAGAUUAGACAACUGA